CCAAUAGAUACUGCUACAUUCUUAGCCAUUUUGAGUCCCACAAAAACAUCAAGAAACUCAGAAUGACCCAAAUCCAAUUCCUACUACUUCUCUUUGUUACUGUUAUUUCCUUCACUACUAAUAGAGCUCAAGAUAGAGCUCCUCAUGGACUCGCCCACGAGAACCCAAUGGCUUUCUCACCAUCCGCCUACGAUUUCUUCCACCCGAAAGUGGUGCCACCAAGCAUUCAAGACCCGUGUGAUGGGUCCAAUUGCGCACCAUUUCCCAUAGCUGCUACAGUGCAAUCGAGCUUAGCGCAGGAAAGCAGAUCGAGAUACGAGAAGAAUGGGAGUAAAGUUGGAGCCGGAGGCAUUGCUGGUGUGAUAUUUGGGUUUGUAUUCGUGGUUCUCCUAGCUAUGGGUACCUACUAUGUGGUGAUCACUCGUCGAACCAACUCAAGACGAAAAAAUACAGUUCUACCAUCCGCUUGAUGUGCUUAAAGAUGAGCCUAUAAUUUAGUAGAUUCUGAUCUAUUUGUUCUGUCACUUCCCACUUCUUUUGUAACUUUAGAAUACGAAAUGUAACAUCUUUAUUAGUAAUUAAUGCAUGUAGUUCUGUA